UGCGCGAGGAUCUAUCUCACCGACAGCACGCGGGGAAUAAAAUCACAGAAACCAUCCCAAGAACAGUGAAGCUGUUGAGAGGAAAAUAUUGAAAUUUUAGAUAGAGGACUGGAUAUUGAUUAUUUCCGGCGUAUACUUUCUUGAAGGUUGUGUUGUGGCGUGACCUCCCUGGCCAGGGCAGAAGCUGCCAUGCCAUUUGGUUGUCUUACACUCGGGGAGAAGAAGGAUUACAACAAUCCCUCAGACGUGACUGACAAAUAUGACCUUGGACAGACUGUUAGAUCAGAGGAGUUUUGCGAGAUAUUCCGGGCGAAGGAUAGGAACACCCUGAAAAUGUACACCUGUAAAAAGUUUCACAAAAAGGACGGAAGAAAAGUGAGGAAAGCUGCCAAGAAUGAGAUCCUGAUCUUGAAGAUGGUAAAACAUCAUAACAUCCUCCAGCUGGUUGAUGUCUUUGAAACCAAGAAGGAGUACUUCCUCUUUCUAGAGCUUGCCACAGGCAGAGAGGUCUUUGACUGGAUCCUAGACCAAGGCUACUACUCGGAGAGGGACACCAGCAAUGUUGUGAGGCAGGUGCUGGAGGCAGUAGCUUACCUGCACUCCCUGAAAAUUGUCCAUAGAAACCUCAAGCUGGAGAAUUUGGUGUACUUUAAUCGUUUGAAGCACUCCAAAAUUGUUAUCAGCGACUUCCAUUUGGCAAAACUGGAAAAUGGACUCAUCAAGGACCCAUGUGGGACCCCAGAGUAUCUUGCUCCUGAGGUGGUGGGGAGGCAAAGGUAUGGAAGGCCUGUGGACUGCUGGGCAAUAGGAGUCAUCAUGUAUAUACUUUUGUCUGGGAACCCUCCUUUCUAUGGUGAAGGUGAUGAAGAAGGUGAUGAAGAUAAGAGCCUUUUCUUGAAGAUUUUGUCAGGGGAUUAUGAAUUUGAUUCACCAUACUGGGAUGACAUUUCUGACUCUGCCAAAAACCUUGUGGCUUCUUUGAUGGAAGUGGACCAAGAUCAGCGACUAACUGCACAGGAGGCCAUAGGCCAUGAAUGGAUUUCUGGAAAUGCUGCCUCAGACAAGAAUAUCAAGGAUGGAGUGUGUGCACAGAUAGAGAAGAACUUUGCCAGAGCCAAGUGGAAGAAAGCUGUAAGGGUGACCACCCUCAUGAAGAGACUUCGAGCGCCUGAGCAGACUGACUCAGGGGCCUCUGGCCUCGCUGCGGGGGCUUCAGCUGACCCCACCACACAGAGUGGCACCCCUGCUCCUCCAGCUGAGGGCCAUGAUGCUGCCCCUGCUGGCACAAAGGCUCCUGUCAAUGAACAGCUCCGUGACAGACAGACUGCCAUGAUCCCUGCACCAUCCCUGCCCAGUGCAGCCAGACCUGAGGGGGAGCCACAGGUACGGUGCAAUGGGGAUCCUCGCCAAAUGUUGCCACAAACAAAGGGAGACAAGACAUCUUAA